AUGGCGUCCUCCGCCAUGCAGAUCCUCGCCUUUGCCCUGGCGCUACUGGGCGUCCUGGGCGCCACCGUGGCCACGCUGCUGCCCAACUGGAAGGUGAGUGCCGACGUGGGCUCCAACAUCAUGACUGCCAUCUCCCAGAUGCAGGGGCUGUGGAUGGACUGUACCUGGUACAGCACCGGCGUGUUCAGCUGCACCUUGAAGUACUCUGUUCUUUCACUGCCUGCCUACCUGCAGACCGCCCGGACGACAAUGGUUCUGUCGUGCAUGAUGGCUUGCCUUGGCCUCUGUCUCGCUGCCCUGGGGCUCAAAUGUACCCGCUGGGGGGGCAGUCACCGGGCAAAGGGACACGCGGCCAUCGGGGCGGGGGGUUGCUUCAUCUUGGCUGGCAUCCUCUGCCUGGUGCCCGCUUCCUGGUUCACCAACGAGGUAAUCACUACCUUCCUGGACUCCAACGUCCCCGAGAGCAGUAAAUACGAACCUGGGGGCGCCGUGUACGUGACCUUUGUCUCUGCCGGCCUACUGCUGGCCGGUGGGGUCAUCUUUUGUUUGUCGUGUCCCGGGAAAAGAGAGGGGCAGUUGGACUACACCUCAACAUCCACCUCUACCACCUUUCCUGACAAACUACUGCAGCAGCAGAUAAACCAGGAGCAAAUACAGCGCGACCAGCUCCAGCGUGACCUGAUACUGCGGGAGCAACUGCAACGGGGGCAGAAGGACUUUGAACAGCAGACGUCGCCUAAUGAGCAGUCAAGCCGCGAGCAGCUACAAUGGGGUGACAAAGGGCCCCAGGAUGAGGCCCAAGCAGCUGACGAAAUCCAGCAGGAGGAGCCUCUACAGGAGAAGCCGCUACAUGAGGACAAGGGAACGCAACAGUUCUACUCUCCAUCCAGAGUCCCUCCAAAAGACGCCCGGGCUGGCUACAGCCUGCAGGACUAUGUUUAA